AUGGUGUCCUGCUCUGAUGAUGUCCAUCACAUGACGGACUAUAUCUCAGCAAGGAUUCAUCGGAGUCACAGAGCGGUGUGCACAAAUCUGCAACCACAAGGCCAAGGCAACCCCCCUACAGCCUACGGUGGAACCAAUUUGCGAAUCCCUUCCACUCGCCUCUUCAAACGAAAUGAAUGUUACUCCCGCAUGAAUAUAUUAAGUGAUUCUUCUGAACAUAGUUUUUCUACAUAUCUUUUAUUGAUAGUUUCCUUGGAGCGAGUGACCUUCACAUAUAUGGUGGUUGAAGUCGCCGGUCUAACUGAACAUCUUUUAUCAGAAUGUGAGGCUAGUCGCUCAAGAGGUGGUUAUGCACGUUGCCCGCGCUGCAGUGAAGCCUUCCUGCAGACUGAAUUGGCUGCGCAUUUAGUCACUCAACCUAGCUGCCAGAUUACUACCAAUCCCAUUCUUCGAUGUCCACUUUGUCACACGGAUAUCAAUGCUCCAGGCCCGAAAGCCAAUUUAGCCGAUAGGUCGGUAUCCAAAAGGGGGUCUCCAAUGGUAAAUCAAUCAUCAUCAGCGUCUGGUAACGCUGAAUCUGGUACGGGCAUUAGCAUAAAAUUGGCAAACACUGAAGAUUCUAUCCCUGAGCAGAAUGAAGAAGUAAUCCCGUCUAAUGGGUCUGGAACUACCGGGGGUCCUAUUGAAGAAGCCUGGAAAGCGCAUUUAAUGGGACAAGGUUCCAAUGCGUGUGCCAACAACCCACGCCGACUUCCGCAACAUAGCCAGCAGUUGCAUCAGCAACAAAAUAUCGUCCUGCCACAGCAACCCACCAGUCACCAAAUCGGGGACAAGACUGCUGCAUUUUAUUCUGGGGUCAGAAAACCUUCUUUGAAUAUGAAGACUGGAGCUCCUGUGCCGACUGCCGGUAGAAAAUGUCUUUUAAAUUUCGAAUAUACCUCGCGUUUUUUAAGACUAGUAUAUUUCCUAUAUCAAGCUUUUUAUACUUAUGCAGUUGCAAUUUCCUUAAUGGUUGCUUAG